UUUCGACGACCAGCAGCCACCAUGGAUUUUCUGGAUCACGGCUACCUGAACGCGCGCGGCCCGUACGACUACACGUUUAACUUCUGGACCGACUACCUGGGACUGACCACGCUGGUGACCCAGAACCACAAGCCGAACCCCAACUCCAUCACCGAGUCGCUGAAAGCCACGCUGGGCCUGGACGACUCCCCGCCGUGCCCGUGCGCCGCGGAGAGCGGCGGGCAGCUGGACUGCUGCUGCCCGCCGCGGAGCCCUCCCCCGCCGGCCUCCAUCCUGGACCUGAAGGAGCGCUUCUCCAUCCUCAGCCCCUUCCAGAACCAGCUCCCGGACCGGGACCUGGGCUUCCCCGGCGGCUUGGCCGGGUUCGACCUGUUCGGCGUGGAGCGCAAGAUGCGCAAACCCGCGUCCAGGAGCAAACAGGAGCCGCGGAUCUGCGUCUUCUGCCGGAAUAACGGCGCCCCGGAGGAGGUGUACGGCUCCCACGUCCUGAAGACCCCGGACGGCCGGGUGGUGUGCCCCAUCCUGCGGGCCUACACCUGCCCGCUGUGCAGCGCCAACGGGGACAAUGCGCACACCAUCAAGUACUGUCCGCUGUCCAAGGAGCAGCCGAGCCAGAGAGCCCUGAAGGGGGGCCGGGCCGUGGGGGGCAAGAGGCUCAAGAUCUUCUGAUCGGCGCAGACUCCACACCACAGCCUAUUGCACUGAACUGCUCUGACUCACACUCCGAGUUCCCGUUUCUCUCCAAGAUCUCUUAUAUUUUUAUAGUUCCUUUAUCCACAUAGAAUAAUUUUAUGCUUUUUACAUCGAAUUUAUUUUUUCUUCCUAGUUGGUAGCCAUUUGAGCGUGUGCAUAUAAAUACACCUAUGUAUCAGUAAUCACAGUGUGAAUAAAGGAGGAGGUGUUUUCGGUGUUGUAGGAGCCACACUGGCUUGAGCAGAGGGUGGAUGUCAGUCUGGUUCUACCCAGUAUUUUUCUAAAGGGAGCUUUAAGCUCUCCGAGUUUCUUUCACGUCUUAGAAAACCAAAGUUAUGUUUUGCCAUUAAAGAAGCUGAAGAAUGUGUCAUUACUGAAUCCUCCUGACUGGAGGAGGAACUCUCUCACCCCCGACUGGAACUCCGCCGCAGCUCUCUGUAAAAGUUGACAUUCAAUCUGCUCUGCAGGGGAAAGAAGAAACACAAUGUGGCCUCUGUUCGGGGGGAUAAUCAAACCUCUGAUGAUCUGACUGCUCCAACUGCUUUCUUAUGUUUACAUUCCCGAAUGAGGGCGACACACUGGAUCUCCCCUCCGUCAGGUCUCUCUCUGCCCGGUAUCGAUCAGUUUCUUGUGCAGAGGACUGAAGUGAGUCUCGUUCAGCCUGGACUCUGCUCGGGGAGGGCUCAUGAAUGUUAACUCGCCGCGACUCGCUCGCUCCUGACUUUCUGUUCUGACGAAUCCCCAAAAAGAUGCAAAAAUGUUGUGAAUGUAUGAUUGAGAGUCACUCGCAGGACUGCUGCACAUUUCUGACAGUUUUGUUUACCAAAGGAAUCCAAUAGCGUCGACGAGAGCAGAGGGAUUUGCUGUAUUGUGUAUAAAGUGAUGUCUAUUCAGUAUUUUAACAUUUCAAGUGACUUCAGAGGGCGCUACCUCAACUCGAUUUUCUACUUACAUGUAAAAUGUCAACAGCAGUUUAUUGAUAUAUAGUGCUGCCAUUUAUAAUAAGGGUUUUGAUAGUAUUUUUGAUCUUUGUAUAACAUAAUUGUAUUUUCGUUUUGUUGCAUUUAACAUGAUGGAAGAAGGUUUCCAAGAAGCUCUAAGCAUCGCUCACCAAAGGGUGACUGUCUGUAAAUACUGAUUAGACCCAUACUUUUUAAAGUUUAGUUGUUCAAUGUUGCAAAAAGAGAGUGGAAACUGAAACAAGCUCACAAAAAAAAAGAAAAGAAGGAGAAGAAGAAGAAAUGCCACUUUUAACGGGGUUUUUUGAUUAAAUGAAUGAGAGAAAAACAAACACUGUUGAACUUUGUUAUUUAUAUUUUACCACGAUUUCCUGUAUGCUGCUGUGCAGAAUAACAACAUAUGAAUUCACUAGAGAAAUAAAAACCUAUCCUAUAUUUGGA